CAACAAGCUUGACCGUUGUAAUUAUUCAUAAGCUCCGAAUUGAGGGAUCGAACCUUAACGAGAGAAAAAAGCUCAAUUGAGCUUCACUUUUCUACUCCGAAAGCGAACAAUGGCAUCUUUCGCGACAGCCACCCGUCUAUCCACACGGCUCGUAAGCCGACGGGCUGCCCAAGAUGCCACAACUCGAGGUUUUCGCACAUCCGCUGCUUCGUUCGCGGCGCAAAACUUUACCAUGCCUGCCCUAUCGCCAACCAUGACGGAAGGCAAUAUCGCAAGCUGGAAAAUUAAAGAAGGAGACUCGUUCUCCGCCGGAGAUGUCCUGCUCGAGAUCGAAACCGACAAGGCGACUAUGGAUGUUGAGGCGCAAGACGAUGGUGUUUUAUUUAAAAUAAUGCAGGGCGACGGGAGCAAAAAUGUUCAAGUUGGCGUUCGGAUCGGUGUCGUUGCCGAGCCAGGAGACGAUCUUAGCACACUAGAGAUCCCCGCAGACGAGAAGCCUGCGCAGAAAGAUGCUAAGAAGGAGGAACCCUCAUCGCAGAAGGCUUCUCAGGGAAGCGCACCAGAGAAACAACCCAGUGGACCCAAGAAGACUGGCCAGAAGGCACCUCCGCAAAAAUAUCCUCUCUACCCGUCAGUUGAGCACCUAAUAAAGGAGCACAAGUUGGACGAGUCAGUUAUUAGCGAGAUAAUGCCCACGGGUCCAGCUGGACGAUUGCUCAAGGGCGAUGUACUCGCCUAUCUCGGCAGCGUGUCUUCUAGCAGACCGGAAGAGAUUAAGGCACGUUUUGACCACAACGCACAUCUCGAUCUAUCCAACAUCAAGAUCGCUGCUCCUAAGGAGGCACCGAAGAAGGCGGAAAAGGCUGCAGCGCUAGAGGUCCCUGUUCCAGAAGACUUAACAAUAUCAUUACCUAUCCUCCUGAAGUCGGUGAUCCAGGCACAGAAAAAGGUCCAAGAUACGUUCGACACCUUUAUUCCAUUAUCUGUGUUCAUCGAGAGGGCUGCGGAAUUAGCCAAUGACAACCUACCAUUAGCAGCAAACUACAAGCCGACUGCUGAUGAGCUCUUCAACGAGGUCUUAGGGCUGAAAAAUGUUACACUGAAAGGUUCUCGGGGUCAUUACAUCCCACAAAUGACUGCCGUGCCAUCACCGUCUUUCACCGGCGUUGCUCCCAAGCCGAAAUCCAAGGUCGACAUAAUCGAUUUCCUUGCAGGCCCGGCGAAGCCCACACCAAAAGCGCCGAGGAUAAGCUCUUCUCCCAAGGUUACCGGUAGCUUUAGCACGCUUAGUCUUACCGUACCGAAGGCCGAGGAGCUUAGAGCCAAGGCUUUCCUGCAAAAAGUAAAGGCCGUACUAGAGGUAAAUCCAGGCAGCCUUGUCUUAUAAGAAAAAGAGAAAGGGGGGAUAACGCUGUACCUAUAGAGCCUGUAAUGUCGACAUGGAAGCAGUGAUAGACUAUAUUAUUAGCAAUUGUUUAAACAUUGUACAC